GUCUCUGGUCAAGCCGGCAGUCCACGUCAACUUGGUGUACGAUUAGGUUGUAGCAGUGGCGUGAUAUCAUAAAAAAGUAAUAUAAACCCAGUAAUGACCGAAGUUGUGAUUGUUUCUGGUGUCAGAACACCAAUAGGAUCACUUGGUGGUUGUUUUUCAACCCUUAGAGCUGAUGAGCUGGGCACGAUAGUAAUUAAGGAAGCUUUGGAGAGAGCAGAAAUUGAUCCCGCUAAUACACCUGGAAUAUGUGAAGUCAUUAUGGGGCAGGUGCUAACUGCUGGGCAAGGUCAAAAUCCGGCCCGUCAAGCAGCAAUACGUGCUGGAUUGUCGUACACAGUUCCAGCAUACUCUGUCAAUAUGGUGUGUGGUUCUGGAAUAAGGGCUGUUGUUGAUGGAUACCUGAGUAUCAGAAAUGGUGAUGCACAACUUGCAGUAUGUGGUGGACAGGAAUCAAUGAGCUUAACUCCUCAUGUUACUAAUAUGAGGAAAGGAUUAAAGAUGGGUGAUACAUCUUUGCGUGACACCCUAUUGUGUGAUGGUCUGACUGAUGCUUUUUAUAAUGUACAUAUGGGAGAAACUGCGGAAAGAAUUGCAGACAAAGAGGGAAUUACUCGUGAGCAACAAGAUGAGUUUGCCCUUCAGUCUCAGCAUCGUUAUGCAAAAUCUCAGCAAGAAGGACACUUUGAUAAGGAAAUUGUACCAGUUCCUGUACCACAGAGAGAUGGAACUACGUUAGUAUCAACUGACGAACAUCCCAGGAAGGAUCUGAAAAUUGAAAAUUUGCAAAGGCUGAAACCAAUUUUCCGAAAGAAUGGUACUAUCACAGCUGGAAAUGCAUCAGGUGUAAAUGAUGGUGCUGCAGCAUUAGUACUAAUGUCCAACAAACUUGCUUUGGAGAAAGGUAUCAAGCCUAUGGCUAAAAUCAUUGGAUGGUCGCAAGGUGGUCUUGACCCACAGUAUAUGGGUAUGGGUCCUGUACCAGCUAUAACUGCACUGUUAGAGAAGGUACACUGGGGCAUAUCUGAUGUAGAUCUGUUUGAGAUAAAUGAAGCCUUUGCUUGCCAAGCCAUAGCAGUAUUGAAGCAGUUGGGUCUUAAUCCAGCAAAAGUUAAUGUUAGUGGUGGUGCAAUAGCCCUAGGGCAUCCACUGGGGGCUUCUGGAGCACGGAUAAUAGUGACUUUACUUCAUGCUCUUCAAAGGACCAGAGGCAGGCGAGGUGUUGCCGCUCUCUGUAUUGGAGGUGGAAUGGGUAUUGCUAUUGGCAUUGAAAUGUGCUGAGAUUAUGGCAGAUUUGGCAAUAAUCAAGAGAAGGAUGUGUUUUGUAGGAUUUUAUAACACCACUCCUUUUCGACAAUAAGGUUUGUGGCAUACGUAUUUUAGAAAAUUGGUAGUAUGUUCUAUAUAUGUGCUCAGUUUUUAUGGAUCGUGGUUCUUAAAUAGCAUUUAUUGGUUAUGUUGGCCUCUUAUGUACCAAAUUUUAUCUGUGACAGUGUGAAAAUACAAGAAAUUAGCUUUA